UUUAACAUGCGAAACAGAGUUUAUUCUCACGUCUUACGGGAGAUUGGAAUCACGAUUUCGCAGGUCUUUUAAAUAUAAGACGAUGCGACUUAGAAUGACAGUUGCAAUUGACUAGACUUGGUAACUAGAUAAUGCUCGGAGCGGUGAGUUAAGAAUAUCUUUUCCGAAUUGCAACUAAUGUGGGUACAUUGUGUUUCUGCAAAGUCCAUUCUUGUACUUUUCGUCAAUUUGGUGCUUGCGGCAGCCGCAACGCCCGUCCCGCGCAUCUCUGGCGAAAGUGGCUCUCAACUGGGCAGCCCUAAUGGUCAAUAUACGUUGAGCAUUCGACAUCCGGAUGGCAAAACUUUGCGCGAGGAGACUGUGAAACUGGUUCCACCCGGUGUCCCGGAGGUAAAAGGUACGCUCAUUCAGAAUUUUGACGUCGAAGGUGGAACUCUGGUGGUCACCUAUGAGGCGGGGCCCAAUGGAUAUGUGGCCAAGUAUAAAUAUACUGUCGGACAAGAAUUUUCGGCAGCUCCGGCUUUGGGUGUUGGACUUCUAAAGUCCCUUCCCGGUUAAACUUGAUUUAUAUGGUGUUUUAUUUAAUAAAUAGCAUAAAGGUUAAACGCCUUUUUGUUA